GCCCGGAGCGUCCCCGGAGUGUCCCCAAAGCGUCCCGGAGUGUCCCGGAGUGUCCCCAGCGGCCAUGGAGCCCCGCGAGCUGCUGGAGCGGCAGGUCGCCGUGGUGGCCACCCUGGGCAAGCUGGUGGCCAUUGCGACUACGCCGUACAGGGGCAUGCUGCUGGGUGGGUCCCCAAGGUCCCUCCACGAGGCCCUGGGGACCUUCAUCCGUCACCUCAGUGGGACCCUGGGCUGCUGCGGUGUCACCUCCUGGCUUGGCAGCAGUGUCACCUCCAGGCGCCGCAGCAGUGUCACCUCCGGGUGCCGUGGCAAUGUCACCCCUCUGGGCCACCUUGAUGCCAAUUCCCUGAACCGAUUCACUUCCCUGCUGGGCCUCUGCGGUGCCACCCUUGGGCGCCACAACCGUGUCACCACUCUGGGCCAGGUCCUGGCCAACCCGGAGGCCACCUGGGCCGACGUGAGAGCUGCGGCCAGCACCUGGCGGGAGUCGGUGGACAGACUCAUGGACAGCUGGUCCCGGCGGGUCGAGGAGGCCGCCAGGCUGUGCAACGAGUGGGAGGUGACGGCCACCAUGAGGGGACGGCAGGCAGAGACACCCCUGGGGCUGCUGGAGUGCCUGGUGGCCGAGUGUGACAGAGCCACCGUGUACCCCCGGGAGCUGCAGCGCCGGCUCGGGGACAUCGAGUUCGCCCUGGAGGAGACAAGGGAGCCGUGUCCCGAUUUCCGCGUGGCCUUGGUGGCCGCCGUGGCCGAGGCCGAGCGGCUGCGGGAUGCCAGCGCCCACCUGGCCUCGUGUCACCUGGAGGCCAUACUUGGGCAAAUCCGCGGCAUCCUGAACAGUUUCGUUUGCGGCCCUGAUGGCCCUGCUGCCCACAUGGUGGCCGAGCGGUGCCAGAAAGCCAUCGAGGACAUCCCGAGGCUGCUGCGGGAACUGUGAUGUCACCGCUGCGAUGUCAUCGGUGAUGUCACUGCGGAUAUCAGAGGUGUCACUCGUUCUCUCCACCCCCUCCCUGUGAGGGAUUUGAAGCUAGUUUGGAGAAUUUUCUGGGAAUUUUCAUUGAAAUUGCUCCAAAUCCUGAUGGGAAUUCCUGGGGUCACGUCACCGGGGCCACUCAGGGUCACUCCGUGGCGGGUUGGGGGAUGAAUGAAGCAGCUUUCCACCAUGGGUGCAGCCGACCAUUUCUCAACCCUCCUCAAAAACCUUCAGGUCCCUUUCCCUCCCUGGGCAGUUUCACCUCCAAUGCCCAAUUUCCCUGUGCUGGUGACAGAUUGGGCCUCAGCUGUUCAAUUGCCCUUUUCCCUUUUAGGGCCUCUGCCCCCGGGAGCUCUGUCCCAUUCUCCUCCCCCUGCUCCCGUUUGCCUUGCCCUGACAGGGUCUCACUUCCCUCUGGGGGUGGCUCCUUGCACGCGGGUUCCCCUCAUCAAUAGUGGCUCCAUUAUCUUUGCUUUCCCCUUGGCUUUCUCCUCAUCCCUCCCUCUGUACAUUGACCUUUCGGGCUUCCUUUAACAGGCCAUUCAAUCCCUUA